GAAAAUGAUAGAAACGCAUGAGAACACCGAGAAAGAUGAUGCCGCAUCAUCAUCACCGGCAGCCCAGUCGCUGCCCCGUCAGCGAGUCUCUCUGAAGAAGAGCAGCGUGUGCUCGCGCUCAUACUUCAUGGUGGUCAUGGUCUUCUUCCACGUGUACAUCAUCAAUGUUAUCGCACUUCUGCUGUAUGUUCAUUAUAAUAACGGAUCCACAACGAGCGUGCCAAACCAGGAUUAUAUUAGCACAGGCAGCAGUCAUAAAGUUUCCGCAGCGUCGGAUGCGCAGACCCCUGCAGACUCAGGAUUCCCAAGACUCAGUAUACCUCGCAUUGAAGGCAUACGGGUGGGUCAUGUCCAAAAAGUGUCACUGAUGCCAGGCAAAGUCCACGAGAUGAAGACACUCAGUCUUAAGCCCCUGCUGUUUGAGAUCCCUAAUUUUCUGUCAGCGGAGGAAUGUGGUGUAAUUGUGCGACUGGCUCAGCUUAAGGGUUUGAUGGAGAGCCAGGUGAUGGUUCCUGAAGGUCAGGAGGAGCUUAACCAGCAGCUUAACCUCAGUCCAGAGGAAAUCUUUAAUUUCCUUGACCUCAACCAAGAUGGCCAGCUGCAACCUCAUGAGAUAUUGACACACUCUCGAGUGAGAGAUGGCAUCUGGUUAACUUCUGAGAAUCUUAAGGAAAUCUAUGAUGGCCUAAAAGUUGAUCUGGAUGGAAAUGGUCUGUUAAGCCUAGAGGAGUUCGGACGUCUAAGAAGUGAUGCCUUUCAGCGUUUUCUGCUGCAGCGUGGAGUGGAAAGGAGCCAGCUGGUGAGGAACAGCAGACACACUUGGCUCUACCAGGGCCAGGGAGCACAUCAGGUUCUUCAAGAUCUCCGUAAAAGAGUCACUCGUUUAACACGACUGCCGUCAUCCCUGGUGGAGUUAAGUGAGCCGCUACAAGUGGUGCGCUAUGACAAGGGAGGUCAUUACCACGCUCAUCAUGAUAGCGGACCAGUGUAUCCCGAAACAGCCUGUACACACACUCGCCUCGCUGCCAACACAACCUCCCCAUUCCAGACUUCCUGUAGGUAUAUCACUGUUCUAUUUUACCUUAACAAUGUUGAAGAAGGAGGUGAAACCACCUUUCCAGUGGCUGAUAACAGGACAUACGAAGAAGCGUCAUUGAUACAGAAUGAUGUGGAUUUGUUGGACACGAGGAAACACUGUGAUAAGGGUAACUUGAGAGUGAAGCCUACUAAGGGGACAGCAGUUUUCUGGUACAAUUACCUCUCCGAUGGAAGAGGUUGGGUGGGUGAACAGGAUGAAUAUUCUCUUCAUGGCGGCUGUGUGGUGACCCGAGGGACCAAGUGGGUCGCCAAUAAUUGGAUCAAUGUAGAUCCAGUUUACCAGCGGCAGGCACUAUACCAACAGUUUGUUUACCAACAACAAGAAAUGCAGGAGCAAGAAGAAACUAUUUCAGACCAGCACACAGAAAAACACCAAGACUUGUAAACAUGUAUGCAUGCACAAAUACAGUUUUAACAACGCAGAACACAUACAGUACACACAUUCACUUCAUCAUGUACAGUACUGUACAGUAUGGAUCAAUCAAUCAGUUAAACGUUACACACAUACUCGGCACUAUACUUUCCAAAGCAUUUAAACAUACUGACCUCAUUCACAGACAAAUUUGCACAAAUACACAUCUUUUGUCUUUACGCACUUGCACACAUACACUAUAAUAAUGUAGCUCUACCAAUAAUAUACAUCUCCUCAUAGUUUUGAAUUGAAUGAGGCUUCACCCAACCUCCAGUGGUCCAGGCGUCUGAACUGGAAUUUUUGUGUUGGGUUGAAUUCAGGGAUAAAGAGAGCUUUAUGCAAUUGUGAAAGACAAUGCUACUGUUCCUACUGUAGAUUUGAAGGUAAAAUCGUUUUUUUGUCAUGGGAAUGCAGCCAUAUUUGAUAACUUUGUUUACAUACAGUAUUUGCACUUUACUGUAAAUCCCAAAGGCCAUGUACACACUGCGACUAAAAAUGAUUGGCACUUAUUUUUGUUGAUGACCGUUUACACUGCAACUGGGUUUAAUGUGCAAAUGCGCAGUGAUGCAACUUUGCAGUGUGUAUGUGGCCGAAAAGUGUAAGAAAUAGUCCAAUGCUUUCUACUGAAGAAUUUCUUACAUUUAAAUCACCAAACAUUUUUGAGGAAAAUGAUCUGAGGAUGUGCUUAGCAUUAGUUAGUUGUAGUAUUACUAGCUUAAAGACAUUUUCUGGAUUAAAUACAACUUAAGAUCUAUGACAAUGGUUUUAGUCUAUUUUGUUUUAAUAGAAGCGGUGAAUGUGGAAAAAUAGUUGUUUAAAAUUUAAAUAUGAAAAUAAGCAUAUUUGGCUUGCUGUCCGAGGGGAGGGCUCCGAGUUCGGAAUAUUAGCUCGAACCCAGAGUACCACCCCCACCCCCCCUUAACUGGGAGAGAUAUACCAGAAAAGAGUGAAGCGAUUGGGGUGGAGGAGGGGUGCAUAUAUAGAGACUUUUUUUGUGCUGAUUGGUUGGAUUACAUGACCAUGCUCCUCCCAAACUUAGUUAAAGGGAUAGUUUGCCCAAAAUUUUACAUUUUUCUCAUCAUUUUUUCAUGUCUCAUGUUGUUCUAAACCUGUAUGAAUUUCUUUUUUUCUGAUGAACACAAAAGGAGAUAUUUUUAUAAAUGAUGGUAAGCACACAUCUGAUUGUUAUCAUUUACUUCAAUAGUAGAAAACAAAUAUUAUGAAAGUAUUGUGAUAAAUGAUGCAAGCGCAUAGUUGACGGUACCCAUUGAAUUCCAAUUGGUUUACAUAAUUUUAUCAAAAUAUCUUCUUUUGUGUUCAUCAGAAAAAACAAAUUCAUACAGAUUUAGAACAACAUGAGGAUGAGAAAAUGAUGAAAGAAUUUACAUUUUGGGUGAACUAUCCCUUUAAGUAAACUUCACUUAUAGCCUCAUUUGUUGUAAUUGCAUUACUCUAAAAACAUUUUUCUUUGGCUGGACUAAUGGACAAGCAUUCAAAUACAUACAAUGCCUACAUUUUAAAUACAUGUAUUUAAUCCAGAAUAUUUCUUUAAUUAAUAACUAAUUAUUAUUAAUAUGAGAGUUAAAGCCUUCAUUUCCACCUGAUGUUUCUCAAAUGUCUUCCCCUUUUAGAUGCGUAUAAAGAGAAGCAUGUUAAACUUGCACAAACUUGUAUGUUUAGGUUGAAUUUUAUUAAUUUAUUUUGUAAUGUGUUAGUAGUUAGUUGUCGUAUUUUAAUUGCAUCCCAAAAAAUCGGACUGAACUUAUUUAUUUGGUUAUUUGUAGUUAUUUGUAAUCAUGUUGCACAAAAUCACUUUCCUGAAUAAAAUAUUUAACCUGACCAGUAAUGCAUACUGUAGGCUGUUUUAUUAAAAUGCAUGCGCGCAUGCACCCAUAACUUCAAACACAUUUAUUUUUCAUCUGUUUUUUAAAUUUUUAUCAGUAGUAUUUUACAAAGUUGUUCUUAAUACCUGCAAAUUUUCUUUUAUUGGUACAUAAAAUGUAUAUGAGUUUUCUGAUAUAUUGUAGUGUUGUGUAAUGGUCACUUGACAUACAGAUUAAACAAAUGAAAUGUAAA